GGCGCAGGGCGGCGUCGCCUUCCAGCCUGGGCUGUUCCCAAACUCCGUUACGCACACGCGCUGUUGGGGCAGUUACUCAUCAGUGAGUCCAUCUUCUGCCGUGGAUUGUGAGAGAAUCUUGACCUAUCAAGAGAGCUGACCUUGCAGAAGCAGCCGUGGAAAACAAUUCAAACUUGUUUCUUUAAAAGCUUUCGAAGGAAGCCUGCUCCUGGAGCUGUCUGAAAGAAGAUGUCUUACGGUUCCAUUGAAGGGAGUGGGUUUGGAAGCCGGAACACCUUCGGAGGGCCUUCAAGACAAGGAUACCAACCUUUAGCUACACAGAUCGAUCCCAAUGAACUGCAAGAACUUUUUCAGGAUACGUCUGCCAGCGUCUUCCGAAUUAAUGCCAAUGUGACAUCUCUGGAAAGGAGCCUGAAGUCUCUGGGGACACCAAAUGACACACCAGAACUGCGUGAUGGAUUGCACACAACUCAGCAAGAGACUAACAAAACCAUCACAACUUGCACAAAUGCUAUCCGGCAGCUGACUGAGGUCAUCAGAGGUUCUUCAAGGCAAGAACGACUCCAAUUGGACCGGCUGAAGAACCAACUUUCUGAUGCCAUUCAGCGAUAUGGCGCAGUACAAAAGAAAAUUGCAGAGAAGUCCAAAGCCCUGCUUCCCACAGGACAGAGAACCAGGAAGCAGCAAAGUCCCAGGACUCCUUUCGCUGACCUGGCUGAUGAUGAGAAGAUCUUCAAUGGUGGAGAUAGCAUGUGGGCGGAGCAGAAUCAGGAACAUGCCCUGCUCUCUGAAAUCACAGAGGAGGACCUGGAAGUCAUCCGUCAGCGGGAAGAAGCCAUCCAACAGAUCGAGAGUGAUAUGUUGGACGUUAACCAGAUCAUUAAGGACUUGGCCUCCAUGGUAUACGAGCAGGGUGACACGAUAGAUAGCAUCGAAGCCAACAUUGAGACCGCCUCUUCUAAUGUAGAGUCUGCCAAUGAGCAAUUGGCAAAGGCCAGUCAACACCAACGACGAGCUCGGAGGGUGAAGUGCUGCGUCAUCUCUGCUGGCCUGGCGGUCCUGCUGGUCUUCAUCAUAAUCAUUGCGGUUUCCGUCAAGAAGUAACCCCACCCACCAGGUUUCCACAGAUGUCUACGAAACAAGUGAUGGAAUUAGCGGGGAAAGGUGGCAAUAUCCAUGAAAGCAAAAGAACAGAUUUCAAAUUGGAUCUGCAGAUUUGUGAGCUUCUGCCUGGCAAACACGCUUCAUGACACCUCUUUCAUUUGCGCAUAUUUUGCCGUCAGGAGUGCAACCCAGUGUAACCACGCAGUUCUCCUGCAAACAGCAAAACAGAGCCAUGUCAGCAAGAGGAGGAUGAAGACUCUGCUAUUUUUAUAGUGCAUCGUCCCUCGUUUAACUCUAGCCUGGAGAUACAUUUGUGAAAGCAUUUUGAAUUGUACCAAAUGAGACCCAUUUUCCACUGAUGGGAGCUGAAUAUUGUAUGCUUUGACAAUUGGUUUUUAAAAUCAUCAAAAUCUCUUCUUCUCCCCCCCCCUCCCCUUGCUGUAUAGUUUCCAUUUUGGUAAGUGAUGUUUUUCUCCAAUUACACCUAGAAUCCUAUUUGUUUUAUUCUCUUCUGAGAUGAAUCCAGUGCUUGCCUUUUAUUGCCCUCUUUUUAAAAGUAAAGGGAGCUC